AUGGCUUCACUCGACAUUACGCGACUCUUUUCGGUCAAGGGCUAUGUGGCCGUGGUGACUGGAGGCAGUAGCGGACUGGGCCUAAUGAUAGCAAAGGGCCUCGUCACGAAUGGUGCCAAGGUGUACGUGGCUGCUUUACCAACUGACGUCAUUGAUGAAGCUGUCAAAGAGCUCAACGAGUUGGGCAAGUCUUCUGAGGGGAAUGCAAUAGGUGUGCCAUGCGACCUGUCGUCGCAUGAUGAAGUAACAAAGCUGGUAAAAUAUGUUCAACAACGCGAACACAGCCUUGACUUAUUAGUGUCAAACGCUGGUAUUCGACGGGAUCCGCUGGAUCUUUGCGACCUGGAGACUGAUAAUGUCCUCGAAUUGCAAGCUUCAAUGCAGUCUUCGAGGCCGUCUGACUGGAAAGACACAUUUUCCAUCAACGUGACAUCACACUAUUACCUGGCUGUCGCAUUCCUUCCCCUGCUGCAUGCUGCCGCUUCCCAUAAUGAUGACGACGGUCCCGGUAGUCGUCAAGGACGUGGCGCCAUGAUCAUGACGAGCUCAUGUGCUAGUAUGCACAACGUUACCAAUAUUGACCUGACGAGCUACGCUGCAAGCAAAGCCGCUACGGAUCACCUAGUGAAGCUUCUGGCCGCCAAGUUCAGAAAUUUCUACGUUCGAGUUGUGGGGUUGAAUCCUGGCUUCUUUCCAAGUCGUAUGAAUCCUGUUGGAGAGGAAGGCAAUGUGUUUAGUUCCUUGUUCAACAAGGUUCCUGCCAAAAGAGCUGGUCAAGAGGAAGACAUCGCCGGCGCGGUGAUUUAUCUUGCUAGCAAAGCUGGGUCUUACGUUGACGGCAUCAACUUAUGCAUUGAUGGUGGCCGCAUUCUUGUGGCAAAUGGGCAGGAAUGA